UAUCCUACAGAGCAGGCCGGCUCCGAGGACUACAUUUCUCUAUGAGCUCCCAUUAGACCACGGCACCCGGCAGCGGCCACCAUUUUGUUCCGCCCAAGGAGCCCCUAAGAUGGCGGCGGGGGAGACAGUGAAGGUUGCAGCUGGACCCUCCGGGCUCUAGCCCGCCGUCUCCCCGUCUCCCGGCGGCCAGCCCAUGGCCUGGCAGAGGUCCGGACCAUGGACCUCCGCACCGUCGUGUACAAUGCCGCCCGCGACGGCAAGCUUCAGCUGCUUCAAAAGCUGCUCAGCGGCCGGAGCCGGGAGGAGCUGGACGAGCUGACAGGCGAGGUGGCCGGCGAGGGGACGCCGCUGCUCAUCGCCUCCCGCUACGGCCACCUGGACGUGGUCGAGUACCUGGUGGACCGGUGCGGCGCGAGCGUGGAGGCGAGCGGCUCGGUGCACUUCGAUGGCGAGACCAUCGAGGGCGCGCCGCCGCUGUGGGCCGCCUCGGCCGCCGGCCACCUGGACGUGGUGCAGAGCCUGCUGCGCCGCGGGGCCUCGGUGAACCGCACCACGCGCACCAACUCCACGCCGCUGCGCGCCGCCUGCUUCGAUGGGCACCUGGAAGUGGUGCGCUACCUGGUGGGCGAGCACCAGGCCGACCUGGAGGUGGCGAACCGGCACGGGCACACGUGCCUCAUGAUCUCCUGUUACAAGGGCCACCGUGAGAUCGCCCGCUACCUGCUGGAGCAGGGCGCCCAGGUGAACCGGCGCAGCGCCAAGGGUAACACCGCCCUGCACGACUGCGCCGAGUCCGGCAGCCUGGAGAUCCUGCAGCUGCUGCUCGGGUGCAACGCUCGCAUGGAACGCGAUGGCUACGGCAUGACCCCGUUGCUGGCAGCCAGUGUGACCGGACACACCAACAUCGUGGAAUACCUUAUCCAGGAGCAGCCUGCCGGGAUGGAGGUGCAGCCAGGGCUGGCCCCAGAAGGUCCCUCCGGUCUGGGAUGCGUCAAGUCCCAGGGGGCCAGCUGUUGCCCUUCCUCCCCAGAGGAACCACUGAGUGAAACUUAUGAGAGCUGCUGCCCCACCAGCCGGGAAGCUGCAGUGGAAGCCUUGGAAUUGCUGGGAGCCACGUAUGUGGAUAAGAAGCGAGAUCUGCUUGGGGCCCUGAAACAUUGGAGACGGGCUAUGGAGCUGCGGCACCAGGGCGGCGAGUAUCUGCCCAAACCGGAGCCCCCGCAGCUGGUCCUGGCCUAUGAUUAUUCCAGGGAGGUGAACACCGCCGAGGAAUUGGAAGCACUUAUCACCGACCCAGACGAGAUGCGCAUGCAGGCCCUGUUGAUCCGAGAGCGCAUCCUGGGUCCCUCUCACCCAGACACUUCUUAUUAUAUCCGUUACAGGGGAGCCGUGUAUGCCGACUCCGGCAAUUUUGAGCGCUGCAUCCGCUUGUGGAAAUACGCCCUAGACAUGCAGCAGAACAACCUGGAGCCUCUGAGCCCCAUGACCGCCAGCAGCUUCCUUUCAUUUGCUGAACUCUUCUCUUACGUACUUCAGGACCGGGCAGCCAAGGGCAGCCUGGGCACGCAAAUUGGCUUUGCUGAUCUCAUGGGGGUGCUCUGCAAAGGGGUCCGGGAAGUGGAACGGGCCCUGCAGCUGCCCAAGGAGCCUGGGGACUCUGUCCAGUUCACCAAGGCCCUGGCCAUCAUCCUCCACCUGCUCUAUCUGUUGGAGAAAGUGGAAUGCACGCCCGACCAGGAGCAUCUGAAGCAUCAGACCGUCUACCGGCUGCUGAAGUGUGCCCCCCGGGGCAAGAAUGGCUUCACCCCUUUGCACAUGGCCGUGGACAAGGACACCACAAACGUGGGCCGGUACCCAGUGGGCAGAUUCCCCUCCCUCCAGGUGGUCAAGGUACUGCUUGACUGUGGGGCCGACCCAGACAGUCGGGACUUUGACAACAACACCCCGUUGCACAUAGCUGCCCAGAACAAUUGUCCGGGGAUUAUGAAUGCCCUGAUUGAAGCGGGGGCCCACAUGGAUGCCACCAACGCCUUCAAGAAAACAGCCUACGAACUGCUGGAUGAGAAGCUGCUGGCUAAGAGCACCAUCCAGCCCUUCAACUACGUAACCCUGCAGUGCCUUGCAGCCCGCACCCUGGACAAGAAUAAAAUCCCCUACAAAGGCUUCAUCCCUGAGGAGCUGGAGGCUUUCAUUGAACUGCACUGAUAGGAUUCUGAGAGGGGAGAAACCCGGAGAGGUGCCCACACCAGUCCUUGCCAUCUCUCGGUGAGCAUGAAGCAGGAAGAAGGGCUCUCCCAACUCCAUGGCCUUUCACCUUGCACAAAGCGGGGAAAGAAGUUAGCUAUUGGUGCUAGAAGCCUUCAGGGUCAUGUGCUCAGAGAACUGUCUUUCUCCAGGAGGACAUGCACUACUUUCCACACAUCCCAUCUGCCUGGGUCUAGGAAGAUGUUGCUUUCUGAGAGGCAGAGGGAUCGAAGCCAUUGUUUUCCUGUACUAGAAACAAGAAGAAACUGAAAAUUGGGUCUGUCCUUCUUUGCCCCUUAUGUGGCUAGAUAAACCCAGCCACAAAAUGCAGUGUUAGGAAUGGGGCUCCCAGAGUGGAAAGUUGGAGACUCAAGAAGCAAGACCACUUCUCACUUCUUGCAGCACGGUUGCACCUCCCUCCCUCCUACGUUGCCAUCGCUGUCCCACACAGGCAGGACUCUGCUUAGGGUAGCCUGCUGCUUGCACAGCUUGGGCUGGUUUGGUGUUCUGUUUAGUUAGUAGGUGGGCAGGCUACAGGCAUCACAGGAGUUCUGAGGUUUUGCUGCCAUAUUUGUUUUUCUUAAGAAUUUGAAAUUUUCUCUCUUAAGACUUGAUAGGUUGAUUUUGUGCACCAAGGGUUUGGUCACGCCUGAGGUGGCCAAGGCCCUCAGGAGCAAGCUUUAUUGUGUGAAGAAUUUGGUGAAGGAGGUAGAAGACCAUGGUAUCGGUUCCUAAAAUGCAGGCGGCUGUACGUUUCUUGAAACUUCACUCAUUUGCCUUUUACUUGGGCCUCUCGUAUUUCCAACCUCAUUAGAGAAGUGUUUUUUCUAAAGAGGUUCAGGCCAAACGCCCAAGGAGCUGAGCUUGAUGUGUUUCCCGCUGAGUGAGAACUUGCAAGGUGGUUUGGGGCUUGGUUUUCACAGAUUCUGAGUUAGAACUGAAGGCCACGUCAGCCCCACAGAUCACAUACAAGUGCACAGUAUUGUGGGUAUAGCCACCCUAAGUGGCGCCAGCUACUCUGACCACUGCUCAGGUCUCCCUAAGGAAAUGCUAAGUGCAGCAUUAACUCCACAAAUCAGCUGGAUGAGACAGUGAAUGCUGAGAGCUGAGGUGACACAAAAUCGUGGCUUCCCAUCACUCAGGGUAUGAAGUGCCUGUGUUAGGGAACUGCUGCAGGGAGGUGGUUCUUGGGUAGCACUGCUUAUGCCCUGUCGGCAGAAGGGGACUCUCCCUGGCCUAUUUGGACAAGCGUGCAUAGCGAAGGGGACAGAAGCUCAGGUCACAUUCAGGACAGCAGCAUCCUUACCCCACCCUCUCCUGCAGCCUUGUCAAAUGGCAGCUGCACGGAGGCCCCAGACACCACAGCAGGUCCAUGGAUGCUCUGCCCUCAGAACACUAGGCCUCGUGUGGAUGUGCAGUGUUACUUAGGAUGCUAUUUAUUUACAAGACCAGGUUUUACCUUCCGUGGAGGUGGAAACAGCACAGAAUAAAGAAAUGAGGCCAUUAA